UCUUUAAAGUCCUAUGGCUUCCCUUUUAAACAUCAACAUAUUUUCAAUUCAAUUACUCGCUCUAAUCUGUGGUUUUCUUCAAGGAACUUGACAUAGGCAUCGAAUAUCUGUGCUGUGCUGUGCGUUUGGUUGGUGUUGAUCGUGGUUUGGAAUGGCAGAAAUAUGUUGUGGAAUUGUGAAUGAGAAGGAGGCGUCGCCGUCCGGGGAGGCGAGUUCACAAGCGGCACGGCGUAAGAGGAUGGAAAUCAGAAAAGUUAAGUUUGUUGCCGGUGUGCCAACAAUUGUUAACGAUAAGGGAUGCAAGAAAGCGAGGCUAUCGAUCUCACCAGCGUCGUUCUCACGCGGAUACAACUACGCCCUCCAGAAUUCUAGGUUUUCGGAACGGAAACCGACGUCGGAAAAUGAUGAUAGAGCUGAUGUUGACAAGCCUACUACAUCUCUAGUGUCGACGAGUUCCAGUCCUUCAGGAUCUCGAGAGUCGAUUCCUAAAUUCGGAGUUGCAUCUGUGUGUGGACGGCGGAGAGAGAUGGAAGACGCCGUCGCUAUUCAUCCAUCGUUUAUCGGAAAUGAUGAUGAUCAAACAUCUAAUCUGCACUACUUUGGUGUCUACGACGGCCAUGGUUGUUCUCACGUUGCAAGGAGGUGCGAGGAUCGACUACACUUGUUGGUGAAGGAAGAAGUUAUCAGCAAGAAGACGGAAUCAAUAGAGUGGAUGAACACCAUGGAGCGAAGCUUCAGUCAAAUGGACCAGGAAGUAACAGCCUGGAACCAACAAGCUAAAAUCGGCGACUGUCGGUGUGAGCUUCACUCGCCGGAGUCCUACGGCGUCGGAUCUACGGCGGUGGUUGCCGUUGUGACUCCUGAUAACAUCAUCGUUGCAAAUUGCGGCGAUUCCAGAGCCGUGCUUUGUCGAAACGGCAAAGCAGUGCCUCUAUCAAGUGAUCACAAGCCUGAUCGUCCUGAUGAAUUGAAACGGAUCGAAGCAGCUGGCGGGAGAGUUGUAUACUGGGAAGGCGCGAGAGUUUGCGGAGUUCUCGCCAUGUCUAGAGCCAUCGGCGAUAAUUAUUUGAAACCUUACGUGAGUUGCGAGCCGGAGGUGACGAUCACGAAGCGAACGGGCGAGGAUGAGUGUUUGAUUCUUGCAAGCGACGGACUUUGGGACGUGGUGUCGAAUGAGACGGCGUGUGGACUGGCGAAGAUGUGUCUGAAAGGAAAUGCGCCGUCGGAGGAGAUGAACAGUCCGCCUAUGAGUGCUGAUGCAUCCAGUUACGAGAACUGCGACAAGGCGUGUUCAGAUGCGUCGUUGCUACUGACGAAGCUGGCUUUGGCACGGCAGAGCAUGGACAAUGUUAGCGUUGUUGUUGUGGAUCUCAGGGCAAAUGGAUCGUCAUGAUAGACGACUCUGACUGCCGACUGGUCUUGUAGGUCAAAAUCGAGUUUAAUUCUAUAUUUAGCGUAAAAAAGUUUUGAUGUUGACGUGUGUUUGAGGUUGAGGUCGGAAUUAAAUUAGCAGCCAUAGCAUUUACAGCAAGUAGAGUGGUGGAUUACUGAAGAUGCAUCUUUUAUCGAUUGGAUUAGAUUUUGGUUGAAUUAUAAAUACAACUACAAUGCAUUCACAUGUGAAUGUUUACUAAAUUUGA